UCUAGGCGCCAACUUCUGAUUUAUUUAGUCGGAUGGUGUCCGUUGAAAAGUUAAUUUAUCUCAUUGAUAAUUUUUGCUUAUUUAUUGUAUUUACUGAUAACAUGGUUAUAACAAAAGUCUUUUAAAAUGUUUCUUGCUUUUGGUAGAAGGGAUCAAUUUUGUUUGAAAAAGAUGAAAGUAUUCAGUUCGAACGUGAAGGUCGUCAAUGGGAGCUUCAGAUUUUAGGCCAUCUUCGUGAUCGCAUUUUUUAUUGGGAUCAAUUUGGGAACGGAAGAAUCUCAAGAAGCACAUUUACCUUAAUGACAAUACAAAUUUGUGUUGUUGAAAACUAAAAAGAAAUGAGCAGCACAUUUACUGGUCUUUUGAGAACACUGAAGAGCACCUCCACAGCUCGAGAUUCUAUGUUGCUGUCAUCCUGUGAAAGUGAGUUAACAGAGCUUAUGCAUCAAAUUGAUGUAAUGGUUGAGAAAAAAAGACUGGAAUGGCAACACCAGAUUCAUGGAAUUCAGUCUCAGUGUGAGCGAAAAGACAGGGAACUGACAAAACUUAGAGAAACUGUAGAAUAUAGAAACAAAGAGAUGGGUCAACUACAGCAAAAAUUUGAAUUUGAGGGGGAAAAUCACAAGAAAAUGAUAUCAAAAUAUGAGUCACAGCUUGGCAAAUUGAAAAACGAGAUGGAGAGUCUCAAGAAAAAUUAUAGUAAAUUGCAAAGAAACUCAAGCAGGCAAUCUAAGGAUGCUGAAAAAAUAGCAGACCAGCAUGCUGCAGAGAAGGAGAGACAAAAUGAAGAAAUUCAGAAUGCAGCUAUGACAAUUGAGAAGCUGCAGAGCAAAUUAAGAGAGUUAGAAGUAAAUCAAGAAGUACAAGACCAAAAACUCAAAGGACUUGAAGAGCAAAGGGGUGCGUUCAUCGAAAAGAGUGAACUAAUGCAGAACCAGUUGGUAAGCUACCAAGGACAGCUAGCUCGGAAAAAACAACUGCUGGAGGGUUUAGAACAGAAGCAUGUUGCUAAAAUCGCAGAACUAGAAAACGAGAUAUUGCGGUACAACGAUGAAUUCAACGUUCAGGAGGAAACAGUUAAAAGUUUAAAAAGAUCUUUGCAAGAGAGCAGGCUUCGUGAGGAAAACGGGUGGAAGGAACAAAUGCAUCUCCGGGAAGAGAUGGAAGGUACAAAAGCUCAGCUUCAGAAGAGAGAAAAUCAAAUAUCAGUGCUUGAGAAUGACCUUCAAAGCAUCCAAUUGCAACAAAAGAAAUUCGAAUCGGACGCAGAAAGAAUAAGAUCGCGCCAAGAAGACAGUAUUCUUGGUAAGUCAAAGGAACACGAAGAAAGGUUUAAAGAACUCGAGCGACGAUACCUUAGUCUUCAAAAUGAAUUUAAGGAGAAGUUGCAGGAGAAGGAAGAAAGGCAUACUGCUGAACUAACGGGAAUGAAGACGCAAAUUUCAUCAUUGACAGAAGAUCUCCACAAAAGAGAUGUUGCCUUGGCAAAGAUGAGCGAAAGAGCUGGAAGAAUGGAAGAAGAUCUGCGAGAGAUGAGCUCAAAGCACGACAAAAAGGAAGCGGAAUUACAGGUCUCAAAUGCGCAAUUGGAAGCCCUGCGACUCGAAAAUCGUCAUCUACGGGAUUCCUCUGUGGAGGACCAUUUGUCAACAACUGCCGAUCUUCGAAUGUUUGAGACCCAGAUUGCAGAAAUUGAAGGUGCCAAUGCUAGAGUCGUGGCCCAACUUGAAGACGAAAACACGUAUCUAAAGAGUGAAAUAGCGUCAAUACGAGAUGAACAUGAUCGACUUUCAGCAGUCAAUUUUGAGCUCUCGGAGAGGGAAAAAUACAAUAGAGAAACUCAAAUUUCAAGUCCUAGUAGGGAACAACCUGAGGACGAUACAAGUGAACGAAUAAACACAUUACAAGAACAACUCAACCACACCCUGAGAACCUACGAAAGUAAACUGAAAGAACUUCAGACGCAAAGAAAGAGCUAAAAGAUGCAGAAACUCAAGGUGAUCAAGACAGUGUAUCAAAUAUCGGUGAACUUAGGCCAAUUUCGCCCAAAGCUGCCACUGCCAUGACUGAUCAUUCUGAUAACGAAGAAGUUGAUUUAACUAGAGUGUUUGAAUUGCUUGGGGAAACAACCCUGUCAUCUGAAAGAGGAUCAAGAAGAGCAUCUUUGACAAGAGACUUCUUAUCUGAAGAAGAUAUACGUGAAAAAGAACUGCAGCAGAUUUUGGAAGCAAGAAUUUCAGAUUUGGAGCAGCGGACUAACGCGACGUUAAAGAAAUAUCAACUUUAAUUGAUGAUUAAAUUAUACUUUUAUCAGAUUUUGUUAAUAUUGUAUAUUGAAAGUGUUAUCAAAUUUUUAUGAUUAUGUUAUUAUACUUGGA